AUGCCUUCUGGUGUGAAAGAACUGGUCCUGGACAGCUGUCGGUCAAUUGAAGGCAAAAUCAAAGACCUCACAGAUGAAUUUGAAGAACUGGAACUCUUAAGUACAAUCAAGGUGGGCCUCAUCUCCAUUUCAAACUUACCAAAAUUCAACAAACUCAAGAAGCUUGAAUUAAACUAUAACAGAAUCUCAGGGGACCUGGACAUAUUGGCAGAAAAAUGUCCAAACAUUAAGCAUCUACAUUUAAAUGGCAACAAAAUAAAAGACCUCAGCACAGUAGACCCACUGAAGAAGUUAGAGAACCUCAAGAGCCUAGACCUAUUGAACUGUGAGGUGAUGAACCUAAAUGACUACCUAAAAAACGUGUUUAAGCUCCUGCCCCAGGUCAGGUACCUCGAUGGCUAUGAAAGGGACAACAAGGAGGCCUCUGACUCUGAUGUUGAGGGCUCUGUGGAGGAUGACAACGAAGAUGAAGAUGAGGAGUAUGAUGAAUGUGUCCAGCUAGUGGAAGAUGAGGAGAAAGAAGAUGAAGAGGAAGAAGAGGAGGAAAAGAACAUGAGUGGAGAGGAGGAGCAGGAUGAAGAAGGUUAUAUUGAUGUGGAACUGGAUGAUGAGGAAGAUGAAGAAGAUGCUGGUGUGGAAGAAACUAGUCAGAAGUAA